AUGACCGCAGAGGCCUGUUCCGCGCUCUGCUCCAGGUCGGCCUUCUUUGGGACACAGUAUUCGACAGAGGUCUGCAAAGAGCUCUGCCCCGACUACCAGUACUACGCAUUGCAUUAUGCGGACGAGGUAACACCCGUGAUCGCGUGUGAGGUACAGAAGUGCGGCGCCGUGCAUCGAGGAUACUGUGCACCAUCCUGGUGCUAG